UGACAGUUCUCCUACCACGAGGCAUAAAUUCAAAAUAAGUGUUUAUUAACUUAUUGUUAACUUAGGUGAUAAGUGAUAAAAGUAUUAAUAUCAAUGAAAAUUAAAAUAAACACGGUAAACAAAACUGUAUUGGAGACUCCUCCUGUACAAAAUGAAGAAGAUUCUGAUAUUUGGAGUCAUGGUUUCAUGAUACCUUCUAAUGCAGAUGAUGCUCCUGAAAGAUGGGGAAGUAAGAACAAAUGGUGCAGGCCAUCGUGUAUUCCUAUCUCUAUAAUAUGUAUCCUGAUCUUCCUCGUAGUGUUAUUGCCGCUAUUAGACCACGCCUCCGAGAAAAGUUUGAACAAUUUGAAUGGUUUUCUAAAAGAGAAUUGCAACAAUACUUGCGGAUUGUCUUUGGUGGAAAGCAUUCCCGAGGGCCUAGUUUAUCCAAACGAGUCAAUCAUAUACCCUUCCACUUUUGAUACAUGGUUAGAUUUGAUAAAUUCAGCGAACGAAUCGAUAGAUAUAGCAUCGCUCUAUUGGACGCUUAGACAGUCUGAAGUCUAUCCGGAUCCGUCGUCUGAACAGGGAGAAAAAAUAUUUCAAUCCCUAUUGAAAGCUGGCACCGAACGGGGAAUAACGAUUCGAAUAGCCCAAAAUUCUCCGUCGCAAAACUUUCCCAACAUCGACACCGAAUUGCUGGUAAAAAGAAAAGCUGCCGAAGUGCGGAGUGUCAAUUUUGCCAAAUUGUUGGGAUCCGGUGUUUUGCAUACUAAGUUAUGGAUCAUCGAUCAAAAACACGUCUACGUUGGAAGCGCCAAUAUGGACUGGAGGUCGCUAACGCAAGUCAAGGAAUUGGGGAUUGUUAUUCGUAAUUGCUCUUGUCUUGCCGACGACGUCGAAAAGAUUUUUGAGGUCUAUUGGGCCUUAGGCGCUGAUAAUGCUAAGAUACCUCCCCAAUGGCCGGCAAAUCUAUCUACGCAAUAUAAUUCCCAAACUCCGCUAGCAUUAGUUUACAACAACGAAACAUUUCAAACAUAUUUUUCUAGCUCCCCGCCACCGUUUAACCCGUCGGGUCGUACGAACGACAUCCACGCUCUAACGCACGUUAUAAAACAUGCCGAAAAGUUCGUUUAUAUUGCCGUUAUGGACUAUUUUCCACUGAUGAUAUACACGCCCAAAGUAAAAUACUGGCCAAUCAUCGAUGAUGCCCUAAAAACCGCUGCGAUAGAACACAAAAUUAAGGUAAAAUUAUUGAUUAGUUGGUGGAACCAUUCCAGACCUGCAGAAGAUAAUUUCCUCAAAUCAUUGGCGACUAUCAACAACGCUUAUCGUGGAGUUAGCAUUGAAGUGCGCCGUUUUAUCGUUCCCGCCACGAAAGACCAACAGAAAAUCCCCUUCGCGCGUGUCAACCACAACAAGUACAUGGUGACCGACAAUACGGCGUUCAUCGGAACGUCGAAUUGGUCCGGCGACUACUUUACAGACACUGCGGGUGUGUCGUUCGUCUUGCACGAUCCCGUUUUCGACCGAAACACCAGCCACACUACGAUCCGAAGUCAGCUACAAGGUAUUUUCGAAAGAGAUUGGAAUUCUCCCUAUGCGCACUACAUGAAUUUUUCAGAAUACGAUGACGGGUAUUAACAUAAGUUUUAAUUUUGAAAAUUAUAGAAAAUUGUAAAGAGCGACAAAAUUCUCAACUGUAACGGUUAAUGAUUAGCUUAGGGCCUUGGACAAGUGAAGAUAGAGGACAGGUAACGCUUAUUAAUAACGCUUAUUAUAACGCUAGCAAAGUGAGUCCAGUUUUAAUGUGACCGCCAUAUUUUGGUGCCUGUACGUUGCCCAUGACUACCUCUCACAGGGUAGUCUUCAGAUUCUACUGAAACACUAUAUCGAUCUACUAAACAAUAUGUAAUUAUAAAAUCAUGUUCAAAAAGUGAUCAUUAUAUCAGUGAUCAAUUAUAAAUUUUGAAGAAAAUCCAUUUGUUGAUAUAUAUCCAUUAUUCUCUACUAAAGAAAUAAAAUAUGACGUGGCAACUCAUCUGGUGCCGGUUUAGGCAUUAGUCAAUUCCAUACGAUUAUGCGUCCCCUCUCUUUUCUUGUUUAAGUUUAGGGCAAUGAACCUAUAAUGUAUUUAAUUUUAUAUUCUCCAUCUGUUUGUCGUUCCAAUUCACCGUCUGUUUGUCUUGAAAAUCGUAGAAGGCACAGAUUUAGGUAUUAAUCUGAAUUUGGUUUCGAACACUUAGAAAUCUUUUGUUUUCUAAGUUUUUUUCGUUAAAAAUAUAUCAGUUUUAGACACAUUACCUUAAAAAUUGCAUAAAUUUGCAUUUAAAAAAGAUGCAUAUAUAAUAAAAAGCAUUCAAAUUAUAUUAAAAAAAAACAAUAGUUUAGAAACACCAAAAAAGUAAACAAUUUUAAAAAGUAAAUAGUAAAAUAUCAUUCUGAAGCUAUUUUCUUGUGGCAUUUUAAAUUAAUUACUAUUUAAAUGGGAAUAAGCCACAAUUAAAGAUAAAAAUACGUUUAUUGCCGUUUCAAUUUCCACUUCGGAAAUCGUUCUCAAAAUACAAACAGUAAAUUUACUGUUUGUAAUGCAGUUCUUAAUUUAAACCUGCUUAGAACAAAUAUAUAAUAACUAGAAACGAAUUGAUCGAGACUAGUGAAUCGAUGUGAAGAGCUGCUAUAUUUUGUGACGCCUUCUCCUCGUGGCACUAGUACCGUGACACUCGUUUCGGCAGUUUACUAUAAAAAGUAAUACAACGUGAGUGUAGAAGCUUCGCUUCAAAAAGUCUUUAGGAGAGGUAAAAAACUGAAAAAUAAUUGGGGUUUACUUUUGGAAACAAAUUUGGAAGUUAUGGAAGCAAAUUCAUCUCAUGAAUUUGUUUUUCUAUCUGAUUCUCAUAGAGGGCGCUAGUUAUAAGGUUCGUACUAAGCAUUAUUCAUAUUAUUCAACAUAACUUUUUUUAAGGAUAGAAUUAUUGAUUAUAACUCCAAAAAACGGAAGAGACUUACUCUAAUUGAAUUUUAUUUUAUGUUCUUAGACUUUAUUUUAAUUUUCUUGUGAUUUUUUUUUAAUUAAUAACUUUUUCAUUACUUUAUACCUGCAAAGGUUAUUACUUCAUAAUUUUUAAAUCAAAAUAUUCCGAAAACGGUACACAAUAUCGAGUUUGUGUAGCUUUUUGGUGUAAAAUUGUAUGAUGUUUAGUUUCACUUGGAAUUUUGAUUAAUAAUUAUACCCUUAAAAAUUAUGUUGAAUAUUACUUGGUACGAACCUUGUAACUAGCACCCUCUAUGAGAGUCAGAUAUAAAAACAAUGGAAUGUAUCAGCUUCCAAAACAUAUUCAUACAAAAUUUUAUUACAAUGUUGCCAAUAAUUUUAGCAAAAUCGUUAAAAAUCGAUUUCAAAAUCGU